AUGGGUGUAUUACUUUCAGUCAGGAAAGGAUGUGAUUCGAAGCCUUACGAGGGCAGGAUUCAGCCGCCCUCUUCUCCGGGCUCCACCAGAAACGCUUCAAUAAUCAUAAGCAACAUGCAGCCAUCAGACGCCGGAGUCUACUCGUGUGAGGUUCACAACUUUCCUGAUGUGGACGGACAGUCUCAGGUCAACAUCAUUGUGAAUGUUCUUGGUAAGCCGUCCUAUCCUUACUGCGCCGUCCACGGUGACAUUGAAUCGGGUCACCUGGUCACUCUGACCUGCCACAGUGAACAUGGAAGCCCGAAACCUAUGUACACCUGGACCCGACUGGACCAGACUAAGACCAGGAGGCCGGUACUGGGAAGAACAACCAAAACUGGAAUACUGGAAAUCAGAAACAUUUCCCAGUUUGAGUUUGGGGAAUACCAGUGCAAUGCUACCAAUGUGGUGGGCUUUUCAAUUUGCAGUGUUGAUCUGAGUCCUGAGGUGGGAGACGGAGUGAUUGCUGGAGCAGUGAUCGGCGCUCUGCUCGGGUGUGUCCUCAUCAUCCUGGUGGUGUGGUUCAUCGCUCACACCAUGAAGAGGCACAAAUACAGAGCGGUGAAAGCAUCAGAGGGCAACGAGAUGAGGAGGAGCUCUCCCCCGGCCCAGAGAGCAGCAGACAGCGUUCCUGUGGCAACCGCAGCCAGCAAUGUCCAUGCUGAGGCAGAUGAGCCACAAGCCUAA